GUUAUGGUCCCUGGUGUAAAAUAUUUAACCUUUGUUGAAUACAACAAUUUUCAACAUUACAGAACCGGAGACCAAGCAUACUUCCCAUAGGGAAAUGUAAUGGAGGACGAUGAUGAAGCACACAUAACUAAAAACAUAUCUGUAUUUAGCCACAACGAUGGCUGCCCGCCUCAUUCUCCUACUGCUACUUUUCUGGAAGUACUGUGUAGGGGUGAAGAAAAAUUUAGGCGUUUUGCAUCUGGAACGAAGGCUGGGUUUGCUCUGCACAGAAUUAACAGAAAAUUAGGAGUAAAUGUGAGGGCAGCCACUUGCAUUGAGGCUGUCAAGGAUGGGGAAGAUCCUGUUGAGUUUGGGCCCGAUGCGGAACUGGUCAUCUACGGUCCAGGCUGGAGACUUCAGACCUUGCAUGAACAAGAUCUUGAUUUCAGACCAGUGAACUCGAGUUUGUAUCCUAACCAAUCAAAACAGAACCCUUCCGAGGUUUAUCCAACAUCAAAAGUGAAGAGGAGAUCCAACUCAAAAUUCACGGUUUGGUAUUUUGCAAAAAUUGCACUUGCAUUUUGUUUUGUUUUCUUCCUAGCUGGAACAUUCAUUCUAAUAUUAGAAAAUCUUCCACAAUUUCUUUCAUACUUGCAAGAGUAAAAGAAUCCAGUUCAUGUACAUGGAAGCUGAAUGUGGAGCUCCGGUCUAAUGGAGUCAAUUAGUUCUCUUGGCUCUAUGAUGAUGAUUUCUAAUUUCCUUUACACCAAAUUGGUCUGUGGGACCUAUUCAAUGCAUCAUUCAGUUAUACAAUUUAACAUCUUUUUACUUU